AUGCCUUACAUUUUGGCAGAAAUUCCGGAUCCGGCCGGGGGUAAAGAAUUGAUUGCUGCUCCAGCCACCUGGAUACAGCGGCAAGACGGUGGACCUGCCUAUGUUUACUGGCCAUGCAUUAGGAACAUCAGGAAGCUGAAUGAACUGUUUGACGAUGAAUACAGCACACCGUCAGAAAUUUGGGAGAAGUAUGAGUGUGAUAUCCUUUGCAGAAACAUCCCAACACUGGCAUCGGCCGAUAAAAUGAUAGAAACGAUGGAAAUGGAAUAUCAGCAGGAGAGUAUAGCCAUACCUCGAAAAAACACUGCACCAGCCAGCCAACCAAGUGUUCGUGUCAGACAAGAGCUACAAAGCAAUUACCGCUCAGAUGCUAACGUUCAGAGUCUACUAUCAUGCAUAAACAGCCAGCUGGUGGACAGUGAUCCGCUGGAUAUUAAACCAUGUCCACAGCUUCUCGACCUAAUGAACGAGAUGAAGGCGAUGAUACAGAAGAAUCAGGACGAGAUAAGAAAAAGAUUAAAGGAAGGCUUUGACGUUGUGGAGAAAUCAUUGAUUGCACAUAAAAUGGAAUCGACCCCGAUGCAGUAUGCUACAGAAAGUGAGGAAUUAUGCGUUACGGCCAAUAUACCGGCGUUCGAUCGGAAGGAAAAGUUUAAAGUAGAAACGAUAUGCAGUGUAGAGGAACUGGAACAGCUUGAGGAGCGCUUGAAUGAUGAAGAAUUUCUCAAGAAAGUUUGUGGCUGGAUCGAUACUAGUCUAGGGGUGGUGCGUGAAUCCGAGCACCGAAUGCACAUUUUUCUCGAUCAAAUAAUGGACCGGAAGCUGUUUGCCACCUUUAGCUGGACGGGUGCGGGCAAUAAUAAGAGAGCGCUGAACGUGCAUAAAAACAUUCUCGGAUUGUUUGAGUACGCGGGCACUACGCCGAUGCAACGGGUCGAUUGCGUUAAAGUGGAACAGUUCAUACGUAAAAAAUUGCACAACUCAGUCACGCGUGCUAAAGCGAAAGGUGUGCGCAAAAGUGUGCCUCACACGCGUAAGCGCAGCAGGCGUUCGAAGUAUGUGUUGGUUAAUGCAAAGUCCCAGAAAACGGUAUCCGGCACUAGAGCACGCGGUUUGCCAAGACAGGCAGAACAGUGCGGACAGGCGGAGGUUAAUGCUGCUGAUAAUCUUAGGAAUGAGGAAUGCAUAGUUAUUAAGGACGAUCCUGCUGCUUACAUCGAUGUGAUGGAAAAUUACGAAGAUGAUAUGAUGGAAUACAGACCAUUGUAG